GCGGGCGCGCGCCGCCUGGCCCGGCGGAAAGUUUUCCUGGAGGAGUUUUGGCGGCGGUGGUGGAGACCGGAGCGGGCCAUGGACGCGCUCAAGUCGGCGGGCCGCGCGCUGAUUCGUAGCCCCAGUCUGGCCAAGCAGAGCUGGGCGGGCGGCCGGCACCGCAAGUUGCCAGAGAACUGGACGGACACGCGGGAGACACUGCUGGAGGGCAUGAUUUUCAGCCUCAAGUACCUCGGCAUGACGCUCGUGGAACGGCCCAAGGGCGAGGAGCUGUCGGCAGCUGCUGUCAAGAGGAUCGUGGCCACAGCCAAGGCCAGCGGGAAGAAGCUGCAGAAGGUAACUCUCAAGGUGUCGCCCAGGGGAAUCAUCCUGACUGACAGCCUCACUAGCCAGCUCAUUGAGAACGUGUCCAUUUACAGGAUCUCCUACUGCACCGCGGACAAGAUGCACGACAAGGUGUUCGCGUACAUCGCUCAGAACCAGCACAGCGAGAGUCUGGAGUGUCAUGCCUUCCUCUGCACCAAGCGGAAAGUGGCACAAGCCGUCACCCUCACUGUAGCCCAGGCCUUCAAAGUUGCCUUUGAGUUUUGGCAAGUGUCCAAGGAAGAGAAAGAGAAGAGGGAGAAAGCCAACCAAGAGGGAGGAGACGUCUCAGGGACCCGCCGUGACAGCACCCCAUCGUUGAAAAGCUUGGUUGCCACUGGGAACCUGCUGGAUUUGGAAGAGGUGCCUAAGGCCCCGUUGUCCACGGUCACCACUAAUACCAACAACAUGGACGAGACACUGAGGCCUCAAGUCUUAGGCAACAGCGGUGUCAUCUGGGAGUUGGACGAUGGCCUGGAUGAAGCCUUUUCAAGGCUGGCACAGUCACGGACGAACCCUCAAGUCCUGGACACUGGACUGUCAGCACAGGACAUCCAUUAUGCACAGUGCUUAUCACCCACCGACUGGGACAAGCCUGACAGCAGUGGCAUCGAUCAAGAUGACCUCUUCAGCUUCUAAGGCCUAGGACUGACAGGACACAACUGGCCUUGACGUGUGAUGGACCAGAAGGCACCUGCAGCAGAGCAGCCAUCACACGGAGCCGUCAGCUGCUCUGGCAGAGCCUGUGGAUGAGAGCUGUACAGUCAGGCAGGGAGGGAGGGCAGGAAGAGCCUGCAGUGUCCAGUCAGUGACUCCUGGUUUAUGCUCGGAAACCAGGUUUGCAUCAGGCACUCACGGCGUGUGCAGGGCAGCGCCUGGCCUCCUGGUCUCUCUCCUGGAGCCAGUGCCCCUCCUGUGGGUGUCAAGACAGUGACCAAAGCAUUCCGUGUUCCUUCUCUCUGGGGCGUCCUUACUCCUCAAGCAGUGAGAGCCUAUUAUUUGUGCACUGGAGGGGACAUGGCCUUCAGGGAAGCUGGGGUCCUCAAGUUCUGCUUCUUCGGGGCCUGGUAGCUAAGACUCUCAGAGAGGCAGCCCCUGACCAAAGACACGUAGCUCUGCACUUUAUCUCACAUAAUGGACAUGGUCCGAGGUCCUUGAUGGUGCUGUGGGAGUAGAGCUUGCCUCCUGCUCUCCCUCCACAAGAGGGUCACAGUCCCUGAGGUGGCCUGUGUAGUGCUACCAGCGGCCCAGACUCCAGAAUCUCACCACCACUCUGGGAAUCACCUCUGCGUGGCUUUGGGGCAUCCGUAGCAGACAAAGCUGCGUCUGGACUUGUGUUUUCUGUGUCCUGUGUGUCCUCACCUUCUGCCUCCCCAUAAUUCCUGGAAUGAUACCAAAGCCUAGCACUAGGUUGUGGCAGGAUAUUUUUCAUCCAUUUUACAGAUAAGGAAACUGAGGCAACAUGUCAGGGGAUGGAGAUAAGAAUAGAACCCAGAUCUGAUACCAAAGCUGCUGUUUGUACCGCCAACCUCUCACAGCCCACGCCUCCUUUCUCUCUAGCUCUGUUGUCCUCCCAGGAACCAAAAAGCCCUUGCUAUUUUCUGACCAAAAUGUGUUUCGUAACAAACCAUCUGGUGCCUUUCCAUGGCGCGGGCCUCCAUGCCCUGCGAGCUGCCACACUGCUGAAGUCUUUUGAUUCCAUGGGUUAAAUGGAAUCCUCCAGAAGCAUCUCGCUGCCCCUGACACUGCAGCCCCAGUAGUCCCCCCACCCCUCCCGGUGGUCAGGCAGUCCAGUGGUGAGCUAGCUGUCCUUAGUCUCGCUGGUCCCAUGGGCUCUGGCAUCCUGAACCUCAGCCAAGCCACAAGCACCUUUUUUAUUGCUAGGAGCCCCCAGUGGCCGGGCUUGUGUGAGCAUGUCUCAGUAGUCCCAGGAAAGACACACCAGUAUGACUUAGAGUUCCCAGCUCUUAUUGGGUGGCUGAGUCAGACCCUUGCCUUGGGGAGGGCACCUGGAGAACCCUCCCCAGAAUCAGGGUAGCUCCUUUUCCCCAACCAUCUCCAGGGUCCUGAGUAUGAGGGGCUGCCAUGGUGUUGGGUGGUGCUGUGGUCUUGACAGCCGAGGCUGCUGUGUGAAGCUGGAAAGGUGGCUCUGAGAAAAAAACAAUAAAUGUUCCCAUUUUUUAAACAUAAGCAUCACUUGGGUAUUGCUGGCUACUAGGGGCAGUGUCAUAGCUCCUGCCCUUUGAUGAUACGUGUCAGAGACUGAGGUAUACCACAUGCCCUUGUAGUACCAGAAUAGAGGGUGAUGGCAGGUUCCCUGCUGAUGAGCCAGCAGGGUACCUUUCUCUGCAACUGUCACUGUAUGACAAGGUCACCAGUGAGUGAGGCAUCGAGACCACACCAGUGUGUCUGCGCUGACAGUGUUUCCAACCAUAUGUCCUGAGCCCCUGAGGCAUGAGUGUGUGAGAUGUGAGUGUGCAGCCCUUCCCAAGGACAGCAUUGCUCCCAUGACUCCAGUGACUCGGGCUUGCAGGCUUACUCUGCUGCUACUCAUGUUUUGGUCCUGGGCUCAAUGUUAAAGAUGACAUGGCCCAUGCAAAUUCAGGUUGUGUGACUCUGUGUGAAGGGGACAGAGAUAGAGGUUGGGAGUCUAGCUAUGGCCCUGGGUUAAUUACCUGCUUUUUUGAGCCUUGGUUUUCCUGUCUGUAAACAGGGCACAGCAGUCUCCUGUGCCUAUGUCCCUGGGUUUUGAGACUAUUGACCAUUAUCACAUUAUUGGUAGUUGAGACCUCUGGUGGCUUACAGGUUAUCUCAGAGCAAAAGUCAUUUGAAUCGAAUGUGUAAAGUCCCAGUGAGACUCAAACAGCGAGUACCAAUCUUAGUGCACUUCCCGUGUGCCAGCUGACUUAGAGAAGUCACGGAGAGCCCAGAUGCUGUUCCAUUCCUACUGCUGAGAGCACCGAGCUUUGCUGGGAAGGUAGCCCUGUCCUGAGUGUCUGGUCAGGCCACAGCCCCGUCUCGUAUCCCUAGCCCUCAUCCUGUCAUGUAGCGACUUCCCAAGAGAUGGUUAUGCUCCAGCUGCGUGUGCCUUGCCCAGACUCACAAUGACCAUUCCAGCGAGGCUGCAUUCCUCAAGUUCCAUGGGCUUUUGUCUGGGGACUCCCCAGCCACUGCUCCUUCCUGUGGCUUGUGGGGGCCUGGGGCAUUUAUGCAAUCCUCCUGUUUCAAGUGUCCAGAGGCAGAGCCUCUGAUGCCAGCCGGCAAGCAGACUCUCUUAGAGGCCCAAGUGGAUCAGAGCAGAGUAAAGAAUUCUUUCUUCUUUUCCCCAUAAUUUGAAAAGACACUCGACAAGCUCACCCUUCUGUUUAAAUUUGGCCAAUGCCUUUAGUCUCCGGAUGUCUCAAAUUAUGGAUCCUGAGCCCAGCCGCCUGCUCUUUCAUGCAUAGCUUUCAGAUAAAGUGGAAGAACAAAGCCACCUUUCAGAUUUGAUGUGACCUUCUGCUCCUCUGGGUAGACACUGUGUUGGCUCUCCAGGAGAAGCCAUCACAGUUAAACCUUUUGAGAGUUUUUUUCAGCCUCUGUGCUUGGGACACAGGCUUGUGCCUGGCCUGGUUCUACCUUCCCCAGGGCUGCAGUCGGGGCCCUUGUGACUAGCCUCGGCAUUGUUGGUCUGCCUUGGCACACUAGGAGGUGUGUAGGUGGCCUUAGAACUACCUAAAAAACUGAAUCUUUGUUUAUUCUUUGACAAUUUUAUACAUCUAAACAUCAUCUUGGUCCUGUGCACCCUGUCCAACCCUCCAAUCCCCACCUCAAACUCCAGCACUUUCUUUCCCCCCUUUUCCUUUGUUUGUAGCCUGCUGAGUCCAGUUAGUCCUACAUGUUGAAGUGGUCUUGGCUUGCUCUUGUGUAGGUAGCCACAGAUGCAGUGAGUUCCUUAAUGUGCUGGCCAUGUCCUGUCUAAAAGAGUUUUCACAGUAUCUUCCUCUCCCCCUAGCGCUUAGCAUCCUUGGUACUCCCUUUUCCACGGUGUACCUUGGGGAGGGCUGUGAGGAAGGUUGAUGUAGAUGCCCCACAUAGGGCUGGGCACUCACCAGAUACUGCCUAAGCACUUUGACCCAUUGAAUUUCACUGUAUUAACUGCUGACCACUGCAGAGAAGCUACCUUGGCCAAGGUUAAGGGCAGCACUGACCUACAGGUAUAAACAUAAGUGUUGAGGAGAUAGUGUAGCACCGUGUUCUUUAGCAAAACAAUAAAUUAUUCCCUGGGACUGUGAUUGCCCUCGCCAUGUGCUUUUGACCAGGCUUGCGAUACCAGGCCCGAUUUCUCCCUGUAGAGCAGAUCUCAGAUCUAAAAGUGAUUGGUUAUCCUGUAACCUUUGUGCCACUAUUGCAUUAGGGGGCACAUUGCGCAUGGUAGAUCAGUAUCGUAGCAUGCAGGGUGGAUUGCUGGGUAACAUUACUGGUCUGUCUGUCUGUCUGUCUGUCUGUCCCUGGUGGCCUGCAUGGCUCCUUCCAGCACUGAACGCUAGUCAACAAAGAGGAAGCUUUUGGGUCGUUUAGUGUUGUUGUUGUUUUUUUUUUCUUUUGGUUUUUACGAGACAGGGUUUCUCUGUAUUGUUUUGGAGGCUAUCAGUCCAGCCCGGCCUCGAACUCACAGAGAUCCGCCUGCCUCUGCCUCCCGAGUGCUGGGAUUAAAGGCGUGCGCCUCCACCGCCUGGCUUAGUUUGGUUUCUGUGCCAUGCAACCAAAGUGUGUACUAGGCAAUAGAAUCUUCACCAUCUAGUUUUUGGUGACCUCUGGGGCCUCCCUGACCAUCAAAUUGUAGGGAGAAAUCCCGUAUGCCCUCACUUCUUAGAUGCAGUAUCUGAGGGACAGGAAAGAUAACAAGCUGACUUGAGCCCCACAUUUAGGAAGAGGUUAAGCCUGGGAUUUGAACCCCAGGCUAUCUAAGUCUAAAACUUACUUCUGCCACUCUGCAGACCGGCAGCACCAGCAGUGGGCAACGUAAACUCCUCUGGGAGCUGCUUCUGGGGCCCUGACUCCACAGGCAGCGGUGGCCGGUGCCAACUGCGUAGAUCUCGUGCCUCUUCCCAGCUGGCUGUCCCCCCCCCAUGCUGCUGGUCUGGUCAUGUCCAGCGUGGGACUCUGCAGAACCAUACGCGCAUCACAUCAGGCCUCAUCUUUCCUGGGUGACGUUGUCCAGUCUGCCAGCACAAGGUGCCUUACCACAGGAAGGACAGUGAAUGCCGGCGUGAGGGCUGGAGGCAAGGGAACCCUUUGCAGUGCACACACAGCUUGAGCUGCUCUAGAGACUGCAGGCGUGUCAGCCAGCGUGAGGUGACGGCUCUGAGGACUAUACAGGUUACUGCAGGCCUGGGGCUCAGAUCCCAUGUGUCCUGGAGUGGCCCUGCCUCUGCAGGUCACUGGGAACACUCAAUGAACAUGACCUUCCUGCUCAGAAGGACAGCCUUGACCAAAUGCCAGCACGGUACUGCUGGGGCAGCUGGGAGCUUCCAGCCAGGACAGGUGUGGGCCGGGACACAAGGCCAUGCUGCUAGGCAACAGAUCUGCAGAUCACCAGCCUGGCAUUGUCUCUGGGUGAUUAGAGGCCUCUGCUCUUGACCCUUCAUAGUCCCAGGGGCCGGGCAUGCUCCCCAGAAGUCCCCUGUCGUGCAUACUUGCCUACACCAGCUCGACAUUAGACAACUGGGUUGUGGGGUGUUCUAGGGGAUUCCAGGUGGGCUGCUGAGUGAAGGGACCUCAGAAGGAGUAUAAAAGUUGGGGAUACCCUCAAUGACUUGGUAACUCUGAUGUUGGGGGCCCUGUCUGAGUCACUCCAUGGCCAGGUGCUGCCUCUGUGUAGCUAUGUCUGAACCAUGGCAGAAAGAGCAGACCCCGCCUAUGGUUCCGAGCCCUCAGAGAUCUGGCAGCCCCAGGUCAGUGGCAAAAGAGGGGUUCUAGUGUCACAUACUCCCCAGUAGGCACUGAGUCUCUUCGCUCCCAGCUCAGUAGCCAUGCAAUCCUUCCUGGGCUGUGUUGCUGAAACUGUGUGACUAACUCUGUGUCCUGACCAAGGAUCUUGCUUUUCAACAUGUUUUCAAAUAAAGGUUCUCAUGUCA